AUGAUCUGCAGACCGGCUCUGUCGAGGGGCAGCCAGCUGGCUCUCCGUCGCCAGGGAGCUGCGAAGCUUGCGCAGCGCGGAUAUGCGGCUGUUGCAUCGCCUAAGGCAUCAUACGAGCCGACAACCAUCGCCGGCGUCAAGGUCGCCUCCCGAGAUGAUAAUGGCCCGACCACCCGCCUCGCUAUCGUCGCCAAAGCCGGCACCCGCUACGAGCCUCUCCCAGGCCUGACAAACACCCAAAAACGCUCCGCUCUCCGCAUCAACCGCGAGACGGAACUCCUCGGCGGCCAAUUGAACGCGUACCACACCCGGGAAGCCCUCGUGCUCCAGGCCAACUUCCUCCGCGAGGACCUCCCCUACUUCACCGAGCUCCUUGCCGAGGUGCUGUCGCAGACGCGGUACACCACCCAUGAGUACCACGAGGAGGUCGUCAACGUCAUCCGCCAGAAGCAGGCCAAGCUGGAUGCUGCCGCCAUCGCCCUCGAUGCCGCGCACUCGGUCGCCUUCCACAACGGGCUCGGCGCCCCGCUUUACCCGACUCCCAACACGCCCAUCGCCUCCUACCUAGACGAGAACUCUGUCGCUGCCUUCGCUGAUGCUACCUUCACCAAGGGCACCAUUGCCGUGGUGGCCGAUGGCGCUAGCGAGUCUGGUCUCUCGAAGUGGAUCGAGCCCUUCUUCAAGACCGUCCCCGCCCAGCCCUCGUCCGCUCUGCCCGCUGCUGCUUCCAAGUACUAUGGUGGUCAGCAGCGCAUCGCCAAGACCAGCGGCAACUCGAUGGUCCUUGCCUUCCCCGGUGCGGCUCUCGGUGCCAACCAGCCCGAGACGGCCGUCCUCGUCGGUCUGCUCGGCGGCGAGUCCACUAUCAAGUGGUCACCCGGCUUCUCGCUUCUGUCCAACGCUGCCACCGCCGCCCCCGGCGCGACUGCCAACGCCACCAACUUCGCUUACUCUGAUGCCGGCCUCCUGACUAUCCAGAUCAACGGCUCGGCUGGUGCGGUCCGCAAGAUUGCUGAGGAGUCGGUAAAGGCGCUCAGGAGUGUCGCUGAGGGCGGCGUGUCGCAGGAGAACCUGGUCAAGGCCAUCGCCAAGGCCAAGUUCAACCUCCUCUCGGGUAGCGAAGUCAGCGGCACUGGUCUUGUACACGCCGGCGCCAACCUGAUCCACGGCGGCCAGCCGUUGCAGGUCGCUGAGACGAUCAAGGCUCUGGAGGGCGUGAACGCCGAUAAGCUCAAGGCUGCGGCCAAGACACUAUUAGAGGGCAAGGCGUCGGUGGCGUCUGUCGGUGACCUGCAUGUAUUGCCGUUUGCCGAGGACCUUGGACUUAAGUUAACCUUGGCAGCAAGUAAAAUACUCAGAAACCUGUCCCUUGUCCUGAGUGUGGGUUGUGCUGCUAGGCUAGGUUUCGGGAGAGAGCGGAAGGUUGGUAGUGAGACGAGACGUGCUGUCGGGUCACGUGACGCGGAGCUGCGCGGAGCUUCUCGGCUGGGCGAGCCUUUUCUUGCCAGGAACGGCUCCAUAUCCCAGCAGACACAGCAACCAUCACAGUCCUGCCAAACCGCUAAAAUGACGUUCGCGUGGAAAGCCGCCGGCAUUACCUACAACCGCUACCUCGCGGUCGCCGCGCGCGUCGUGCGCCGCAGCCUGAAGGAUGACAAGAGACUUGUGGCCGAGCGCCGGGGCCAGCAGGACCUAAGAUUCGCGAAGUGGACGAACGGCAAGCAGGGCGAGCUCAAGAACCUGGCUGAAGCCAAUGCCCAAGCGUCUGUCGAGAGCGCUGCGACCGGUGGUACCGCCUAA